AUGUUCUUAAGAAACACCUUAUUCAGAGCCCCAAUUGGUAGAACUCUAACAACUUUGACACCAGUGGCUACAAAGCUUGCACCACCUGCAGCUGCGUCAUACUCUCAGGCUAUGAAAGCUAAUAACUUUGUCUACGUGUCUGGUCAAAUUCCUUACACCCCUGAUAACAAGCCCGUUGAAGGUUCAAUCUCUGCCAAAGCUCAUCAAGUCUUCAAGAAUAUUACUAAUAUUCUAGAGGAAGGUAACUCUUCUCUAGAUAAGAUUGUUAAGGUCAAUGUCUUCCUAGCUGAUAUCAAUAGCUUCAAGGAAUUCAACGGUGUUUAUGCUCAAUACUUUAACACACAUAAACCAGCUAGAUCAUGUGUUGCUGUUGCUUCUUUACCACUUGGUGUCGACCUAGAAGUCGAAGUUAUUGCUGUUGAAAAAAACUAA